UUAAUUUCACAAAUUCAAAAUCUAAUAACCAAUUAAUGAAUUGUACUGAUGAAGUGCUAGUUAUAAUAUUGUACCAGUAUCUAUCUGGGAAUCUUCACAACUACUAUCAACAUUAAUAUUCUAUUGUGAGGUAUUGUCAGGAUUUAUUUUUUAAAAGUGUAACAAAUGUGGUGACAUGAUGCGUAAAUAUAACCAGAUCUAAAAUUUAUUCAAUUAAAAUUGGCAACAGAAGAAUUAGUUUCAAGAUGUAAUAAGGAAUUUUAGUUCAAAUUUCAAGAUUGGAUAUAAGGAAUAAAAUUGUAUUGGGAGACCAAUUUUUUCAACAUUUACAAUAUAUAUUGGCUAAGAUUGUUAUAAAAUGUAAAUAUAUACAGAAUUAUGUAUGAAUUCAAGAUUGGAAACUUUAAUACCAGUUAAUACAUAUAUAAUCACAAUGCUACAGUAACCGUAUAUAUUGUAUAGAAGUGUGACAAUAAAAUCACUGCAGCGCCACAUUUAAUUGCAGAUGGUUGAGAUGUGAAUAAAUAUUACAUAUUUGUUCAACUAUAGAUAGCUUAAACAUUUAAUUCCGUAGGUUAUAUAAACAUUCAAAUAUAGGACUUUAUAAUGAAACAUCAGAAUGGAUUUCAUCACCAAGAUAUUGAAGGGAAAAAAAUUAUAAUAAUCAGAAAAAGCCCGGACAUUAUCUGUGAAACUAAACAGUAUUAAUAGAACAUUUUUUUAAAUUAUGAUUUUAAAAUUGAACUGAGCAUUUAAUUGCAGUUAUAAAUGUAUUGAUCUAAGGACAAAACAUGGAAUUAAAAUUACCAUUUAUUAAACAGUGUUUGGUAUCCUAGGACGGAUACUAUCUUCCUGCACGAAUUUGUCGACAAGAUUACAAAUCACUUCAAAGUGGGAAAUUAAUACACAGUGAUUUAUGAAGAUUAAAGUGAGACUAAAAUGGAUGACUAUUAUAUGAAUGGACCACUAAGUGAAACAGACAGGAUAUUUCCAGUGCAUACUCAAAGACCUGGUCAUGAUGGACAGCUACAAAGAUUACACUUACAGAGAAUGCAAGAUAAAACCUAUGAUUCAGAGGAUGAUGAUUCAGACAUGGACAAUUUUGAUUUGGAUGACUCGGAUACUAUUUUACAAUUGAACCCAGCACAUGGACAAACUGUAGCACUAUGGUCAUUCAUGAAAUUUGAUAGUAUAGCUGUGUUUCCUCCUGACCACAAUUUGGUUGGAAAUAUUAUAGAAUAUGCAGAAAAGCAUUUUGGUUUCCAACGAUUUCAACACCGACUAAUGUUACUAAGUCCAGGACAACUAUCACCUGUUAGUUUGAACAGUGUGUACAGUAUAAGACCUGGUUCAGUUGUCAUGGUGAUGCCAGAAGAAAAUGCAAUUGUGUCCAUUGAAAUUGGUCAAUUAAAAACAAGCUUUGAAUUAAAUCUGGAUUUAUCAAUGACAGUCCAAAAACUUAAAACAAAUAUCCGAAAGAGGAAAGGAAUACCUGUUGAAAGACAAGAAAUCUUGUAUUCCAACCGAGCUCUUGAAAAUGAUAAACGAUUAUUUGAGUAUCGCAUUAAAAGUAGGUCAAUUCUUCACGUCAUGAUUCAAGCACAUUUUGAUUUAUUGAUAAAUGUAGAGACAUUCUGGGGCAAGACUUAUCGUUUCUACCUUGACCCUUGUAGUACCGGUACAGAUAUUGUUUAUGCAGUAUUUAAUAGAGCUUUCAGUGCUAAUGGUCCAGAAGAUGCUGGACUACACGAACUUUAUGUCCCACUUCAUGUUCUAGUUCUACAAUACCAAAACAAGUUGGUCAACUGGGAUUACUGUAUAGCAUACCUAGGCAUCCAUACAGGCGAGAAACUAGUCCUUACAACGGUCGGCCAUCAAAGUCAUAUUCAAUUAGAGACUGUCAAUGUUGUUACUGAAUCAGGAGAGAAAUAUGACAUCACUGUGUCCCAAUAUGACCGAUGGUCAGUUCUUGCCUUCAUGCUCCAUGGUCUGACAAAUGUACCUGUGGAUCUUAUCAGACUUUAUAAAGAUGGGGAAAGAGCAAACUUUUCAUCAACAAUAGGGCAAAUUGAAAGACAUCAAAUAAUUGUAAUGAAUGUGGUCAUGACACAUAUAGAUAGGGACCUUGUAUUUGGAGUUCCACUAAAAAUCAGCAUUGGGCAUGGAAUAAUAGAAAACUUACGAAUAUCGGCAAACAAAACUGUUAGAAAGUUAAAACGUAAACUUGAAAGAAUGGGAGUGCCUAAUGCCUCCUUAUAUGAACUGACAAUAGGCAAUCAAAAACUAUCUAAUAACAAUAAAGUAAUGGAUCUAGUCUUUGACCUCUCAAUUCCAUUGGUGCUAAAAUUAGAAACUUAUCCUGUUUUUGCUCAUGCUCCCGAUGGAGUUAUAUAUAAGACAUAUUUAAGAUCUGAUCAAACAGUUGCAAGCUUUAAACACAAGAUUGAGCUGAAAACUGGCUACUCUUUAAAAUCAAGUCGUUUAAUUGUAGCUGGAAGACCAAUUACAGACCAUCCAAAGAAUAUCUUAUAUGAGUGUGGCAUUAGCUGUCGCAAUUCUAUCUUCUUCCAUCCUGCAAAUGACUUUGAGGCAUUCUUUAUUUUGGGAAAUAAAUGGCUUGAAAAAAUAAAAAUUCCGCUUAAUAAUCCAUCAUCAACAGAUAUUCGUAAUGCAGUCUGGAAUACUAGAAAGUUACCAGAAGGAAGUUUGAAUUGUGUUUUAACAAUAUUAUAUUGGCUUUUCAUGCCAAAAAUUGCUGCAGCAAAUACGUCUUCUGUAAGAACAAAAAUAAAGAAAAGAAUGCCUGUUGCAAGAGAAAUGCUUUAUGUACUCAAAAAGCAAGGAAAACUACAAUUUUUAGAGAAAGAACUUCUGGCAAAACAAGAUAAACCAAGAGCAGUAUAUUCUUCUCCAUACCCAGGUGCUGAUAUCAAAAGGCCACAAGGCAGUGCAAAAAUUUAUCAUCAUAUAAAGACCAACAACAUUCCUAAAUUUGAACCUGACCAGAUCAUAGAUAUGAAUGAAAAACUUGAAUCUGGCAGAAAGGUUAAACGCCAUCCAAAAACAGGAUUGCCUCAGAUUUAUGAUUCACCUAGAUCUACAAUUCCGCCUUGGAUGAAAAAUAUUCAGACAAGGAACCAAACCAAUAGAUUAACUCUGGCAAAUGUUGAAGGUGGUCCUAAUGGAAUGGACAGCGUACAUGUGUCCAGAAUUCAACGAAUUCAUAAAAAAAUAGGUUCCAAACUAAAUGAUGUUAACAUUGCACAUAAUUCACAUAGACAAGAUUAUAGCAAUAAUUUUAGCAAACGUAAUAGAUUUAUGUAUGAUUAUCAACAUUUUGAUUUUGUAGCCAGUGAAGACGGUCACGAUGUAAAAUCUGAGUCAACUUUUCCUCAUACGUUUUUACCAAAACUUAUCCAUUAAAUUUAUUCAAGGGAAUAAAAAAGGAAGAAAAUACUUAAACAAAACAAUAUCAAAAACAUUUCAAAAUAAUCAAUUUCAUAGAACUUUGAAAGCUUAGAUAAUUUCUAGUCUUGUUUUCUAUCAUCUUAUUCUUCUGAUUAUUUAAAUUACAUUUAAUUUUUUCUUCAAAUUUGUUUAGAUUUGUUCAUUCUUCCUACCUUUUUUUUAAUACUGAACAAAUUUUAGAUCAUGUUUAAUUUAUUUGAUAAAUUAGCAUUACUUUUCUUUCUUUUUUUCUAUUUCCAAACUUGAAACCUCAAUGUUGUAAAUCCGGCAUCAUCAACUUUCAUUAUCUUUCUUAAAACACUUUGAAUGCUACGAUAAUUCUAAAUGUUGUUAUCAAUCAUCUUAUUCUUCUGAAUGUUUCAGCUACAUUAAACUUUUGAUCUAGAUUA